AUGUCGACAAACUCGUCGGAAAGAACCAUCACCACCUCUAACCCCAAUUCGACCACCGCGUCAAACUCCUUGGCCUCGGCACAUCAUUUUGUGUCUAUCAAACUCACGUCUCGCUAUUUUUUGUUCUGGCGCACUCAAUUAGUCCCGUUUCUCAAGGGACAGGAAUUAUUGGGAUUCGUCACCGGAGAAACGCCGUGUCCGGCUCCGACCAUGGCCAGUCCGACGACCGCCGAUUCAUCCUCCGGUGUGGCGAUCUCGACGCACAUUCCGAAUCCAGAGUACAAAACAUGGGUGCACCAAGAUGCCUCAAUUCUCUCGCUGCUGGUGUCCUCAAUGACCGACGAAGUGUUACACCUUGCUGUCGGUCGAGAUACCUCCAAACAGGUUUGGGAUUCCAUAACCACCGUUCUCGGCUCCAGUUCACGUGCCAGGUGCUUGAACCUUCUCGGACAGUUUCAGUCCUUGCGGCAAGGGAAUAUGACGGCGGCGGAUUACAUUGGCCAGGCGCAAUUAAUCGUAGAAGCCCUCUCGUUAGCCGGCCGGCCAUUAUCCCUAGAUGAGCAGAACCUCAGGGUGUUCCGAGGUCUCCGCCCCGAAUUCCGGAGUAUGGCAUCAUCGCUUACGGUCUCCGGCAAUCCAGUGACGUUGCCCCAACUUGCCGAUUUCUUGAUGGCUCAAGAAUUCAUUGCAGCAGAUGAUAUCACACCGGGAGCACCUGCAGCGUUGUAUGUUGCGCAGGGCAGUCAGCAGUCCGGCUCUGGUGGCAGACGCGGCAAUUCAAGCCGCGGCAAUCGGGGCAAUCGUGGCGGUCAAUGGCGUGGUGGCGGACGCAAUGGCGGACGUGGUGGUGGGCAGAUUAGGUGCCAAAUCUGCCGGGCUCAUGGGCAUGGUGCACUGACAUGUAACAAGCGUUACAGUUCCCAACCGGCACCUCAGGCGAAUUUAACGGCCACCGGCGACGAUGUGGUCUCGGCUGCCGGCUCGUGGUUUCUGGAUACCGGAGCAUUGGCCCACGCGACACCGGAUGCCUCUAUGCUUUCCCAUGCAUCAGAAUACAAUGGUGGAGAUGUCCUGCGCGUCGGUAAUGGCACAGGUUUGCUUAUUUCGCAUGUUGGAUCCGCAUCUAUACCUUCCGUGUCUAAACAGUUAAAUAUGUCAAAUGUAUUGCACGUUCCAAAUUUGUCAGUUCCGUUGUUGUCAGUUCAAAGAUUUACUAAUGAGAAUGAUGUUUUCUUUGAAUUUCAUAAACAUUGUUUUGUUGUGAAGGAUUCGAAAACGCAGGAAAUUCUGCUUAAAGGCCUCACCUCGGGAGGACUAUACAAGCUUCCGUUAUCCCAGUUUCAUUUCGCAUUCCUUAGUGCCCAGACCACUCCAGUGAUGUGGCAUCGUCGAUUGGGCCAUCCUCACAGUCAAGUCCUCAAUAAAGUGCUACAAGUGUGUCCUGUCCUUCGCAAUAAAACCGAGUCUUUUGGAUCAUGCGCUGCUUGUCAUAUGGGAAAAGCGUCACGGUUUCCGUUAGAUAGAGUAGCCAAUUCUAGUAAAAAUGAUAAACAGUCACUGGCAUCAUCACCAGCUCCGUGGGCAGCUGGGCCCAUAAUAACACCAACGGCACCGGAAUUAGCCAUAGCAGUUGCCCCGCCCUCAUCCGGGCCCUUACCUCCCACUCCGGGUUCAGCGCCUUUGGCAAUAGAAGGCCCAUCCAGGACUGCCCCGGCUAAGACGCGUAAAACUAAACGCCAAGCAGCUCCAGUUCAGGAGCAUGUGAUGCGACUGCGACACAUGACUCGGGGCACAAACGAGCAGUUUCAUGCUUUAACCACGACAAUUGACCCGACAUGUUAUUCACAAGCCGUAGGACAUCCCGAGUGGCGGGAUGCUAUGGAUCAGGAAUUUAAUGCAUUCCUGCACAACGGCACCUGGAGGCUUGUACCUCCUAAAGCUAACAUGAAUAUCAUAGGGUGCAAGUGGGUGUUCCGCACCAAACGCACUGCAGAUGGCUCUAUAGAGCGCUACAAGGCUCGCCUGGUGGCCAAGGGCUUUAACCAGGUAGCCGGUGAAGAUUUUUUCGACACCUUCAGUCCAGUGGUCAAACCUACCACGGUGCGACUCCUUCUAUCACUAGCGGUGUCCAGCAGUUGGACUCUCAGGCAAUUAGAUGUACACAAUGCCUUCCUCAAUGGUCAUCUAGCCGAGACUAUGUACAUGAAACCACCACCUGGGUACGAGGAUUCCUCACACCCUGACUAUGUCUGUCACCUUCAACGCUCACUUUACGGUCUCAAACAGGCUCCACGUGCCUGGUUCAAGAGGCUGCAUGAUUUUCUGAUUUCUACAGGUUUUCAGCCGUCAAAGACCGAUGUAUCACUCUUUCACUACACGGACGGGCAGUCUCGAGUCUUCUUGCUCGUCUAUGUAGACGACAUAAUUAUGAUGGAAAACGAUACACCUCUAUUAGAUGUGUUGCUACGUCGCCUCUCCACCGCGUUCAAAAUCAGGGAUCUCGGCACUCCGGGCUUCUUCCUUAGCAUUGAAACACUGGCUCUUAACGGUGGCUAUCUGCUCUCACAGAAACGGUACAUGGUAGAUAUCCUAAAUCGGGCUGGUAUGUCAGACUGCAAGCCACUCACAACUCCAGCAGCAGUGUCUACCAGUGCCACUUCCGCAUCACAACCCUAUGACAAUCCGACGCAGUACCGCCGCAUCGUAGGGGCCCUUCAGUAUCUCACUAUCACUCGUCCCGAUCUGUCGUUUGCCGUCAAUCGACUAUGGCAGUUUAUGCAUUCACCCACUGACGAGCACUUGGGCCUGGUCAAGUGUGUACUCCGCUAUGUUAAGGGGACCUUGCAUUUUGGGCUAUGUCUAUCACCAUCUACUUCUUCAGCAAUUCAUGCCUACUCCGACUCCGACUGGGCUGGCUGCCCCCUAGAUAGGAAGAGCACCAGCGGCUAUGCAGUCUUUUUAGGCAACAAUCUCAUUUCCUGGCUCUCACGGAAGCAACGCACAGUAGCUCGCUCGUCAACUGAGGCAGAAUAUAAAGCCUUAGCCGAUGUCUCGGCUGAGGUCACAUGGAUUGUUUCUCUUCUUCGGGAACUUGGGUUACAUUCGGGCCAGCCUCCGACUCUGUGGUGUGACAACCUCGGUGCCACUUAUCUCUGCGCUAAUCCUGUGUUCCACGCCAGGACCAAGCACGUUGAGAUCAAUUUUCACUUUGUUCGGGACAAGGUCGCCUCAGGGGAGUUUGCUGUUAACUUCGUGUCCACCAAGGAUCAGCUAGCUGACAUCUUCACCAAACCCCUUCCGGGCCCGCGAUUUUCAGCUCUACGUACCAAGCUCAAUGUAGUUGCGCACCCACCUUGA